AUGUUGGCCCGAGUGACAAUUAACACGGCGCGCGUCCUCGAUGUCCACUUCGAGUCGUCUCCCAGAAGUGACGAGGAUGGAAGUACCCUUGUGGUUGACCUUCAAUCCCUUUAUGCCCUCUUGCCUCCCAUUCCAGAUGCAUGGCGUCCAGUAACUGCGGCUUAUAACGCGGUUGCUCCGAUUUGUACAAGCUUGCAACGGGUGAUCAGCGAAGACAUAGAGAACAUGGCGUCGCUGCUGUUGGAUUUGGAGCUUCGUCAUAGCGAGGAUUGGAAGAAUGCAUUGCCUGUGGGGUUGCUAGAGGCGUCGCCACGCUCUCAAGGCGUUGGAAUGUUGGUUCAUGGAUCCGAACCCGCUCAUUUACCGUCGCCUUUUGAACGAUCCGGACGAAAAAAGCGACGUUUGUCCGAUUCUCCAUCUCCCAUAGUGAUUCCCAGUGUCCAUCCUUCCGCCCCGGCCAUAAUCAUCACACUGGCUGCCCCGCAACCGCGAGAGACCUCGUGCCGCACCCCAUGUCAGGACCAAGCAUUCGGAAGGCGCCUGGCGGUGCCCUUCCACCCUGUGUUCAACAAAACACACCCUCCAAUGGCCUUUGAAUCGUCUUCCUUGCCUCGACUGGACAACUGGAAAUGGGUAAACGGGCAUUGGAUGGCGGUUCUGCCGUCAUUGGAAGAGCAGGCCAAACGCGGCAUGUUUUCGCGGCCUAUCACGGCAAAGAGAAGAAAGUGCAGAACACCUUCGAAAGGUCCAACCUUUACGGACCCAUGA